UGUAGCUGACAUUUGCAAUAUUUAUUGUAGAAUGCAAUGUUCUGAUGUCACUAUAUGUAUAUUUCUGCUAAUUGGAUUUAAAGUGAGAGUUGUGCUUUUUUUGGCCUGUUAAAACAGUUGGUAAUACUCCUGACUUCAGCUCAUGCAGUUCUAAUGCUGUCUUUGAUAGGCUAACGCUGUGUUUUGUGCAUUUGUAUCACCUGGCUGUCUAUAAGAGUGUAGUGUUAAACUUGACGAACAUAAAGACGGCAGGAAGAGAGAUUGAAUAGCAAAAUGUCAGAUGCAAACAACACUGAAGAAUUUGAGAACUUAGAAAUGGAACCCAAUACGACAAGAGAUUUGAAUCAUAGUGAGUUACCGAUUCCAAAACAGCAAGACAAAGAAGCAAAGGAUGUCAUUCACAGAGAUGGUAAAUUGAAAAACCCACCCACAUAUCAAUUAGACGAAGAACCUAAAGAACAUGAAAUAAAUACUGGCGAACCGUCUUACGUAGAAGACAAAGAUGAAGAACAGAAGCAAGAAGAACUGGAGUCAAAACAGAAUGAUCAAACCAAUACUAAAGUUUUAAACAAAUACGAGAGAACGUACAGACUGGACAAAUUUGAGAAAAAUGCACUGAUUGUAUUCAAUAAUGAGCGUUUUGAUAAUUUCCCUCCAAGGAGAGGCACGCAAGUAGACGUGGAAGCCAUUUACGAAACAUUCUCCAAAUUCGGUUUUGAAUAUCAUGUCUACCAUGAUUUUACUAAAGAAAAACUGUUCGAGAAGCUUGAAGAAUAUAGCAAGAAAGAUUUCUCGGAUUAUGGAUGCAUAGUUAUAGUUAUCCUCACAAUCGGGACGAAGAACGGCCUCCUAAGUGCGCAAGACCAAUUUUACAGCGAACAUGACGUCAUCAAUCAUUUCAAGUCGCAAAAUCCGACUUUAUUUACGAAGCCUGUUGUCUUGUUGAUCCAGGCAAGCCGUGGGCCCUAUCCCCCGCUACCACAGGAGGUGCCAAUUAUGGGGAACUUGAAGUUUCCCAAAAAGUAUGAAGAUGAUGACAUUGAGUCCUACCACCUACCUGUCGAGGCGGACAUGUUGAUAGCACACAGUUCCUUCGUCGGGAGACCAUCUUUCAGAACAAUACAUGGCUCGUGGUUCAUCCAGACAGUAUGCAAGUACAUCAACGAGCUGUACCUCACCCACGACUUGGAAUCCAUACUCGUCGAGGUCAAACGGGAGAUUGCCAUCAACAAGUACUACAUGGAGUUCGAUCGAGGAUCCGAGGACUUGAAUGUACUCAAACAAAUGCCUACGAUCACAUCCACUCUCAUUCGGAAGCUGUAUCUGAGGAAAUUCAGUUAUAACCCGUUGUAUUUGACUCCAAUUGAGCUACUGCGCAUGGAAACACUCCUGGAUUCAAUACCAAUAACGCCUGGAGUCACAAAUGAGAGCUUUCCCAGUCACCUCGACCACUUGAAAAAAUGUCUCAGAGAUGCCGUUUUGAAUCUACCACCCACCCACUCCUACGACGAACAUGAACAAAUUGAAAACACUAUAGAUGAAUCUCUAAAUAGAGAAAACAAAAUCAAUGACAAAGAAAAUGAAGAACUGCCAACGAAAUACAAUGAGAUCAGUAAUACUAAAGCUUUAAGCAAAUACGACAGAACGUAUAAACUAGAAAGAUUUGAGAAAAAUGCAAUUAUAAUAUUCAAUCAAGAGAAUAUUGAGGGUUACCAACCAAGGGUGGGCACGAAACAAGAUGUAAAGGCAAUUUGUAAAACAUUCUCAAAGUUUGGUUUUGUAAUAGAUAAAAAUAAUAUUCACGAUGACUUGUCUAAAGUGGAGCUAUUUAAGAAGCUUAAGGAAUUUAGCGAGAAAGAUUUCACGGACUACGGAUGCAUAGUUAUAGUUAUCCUCACACACGGGAUGAAGAACGGCCUCUUGCGAGCCAGAGACGAGGGGCAGCUUUACAGCGAGCUUGACGUCAUCAACCAUUUCAAGUCACAGAACAAACCCACUUUGUUUACCAAGCCUGUCGUCCUGUUAAUCCAGGCAUGCCGCGGCACAGCUUCAUCAGCAGGAAUGUCUGCAUCAGAGAACUUGAAGAUCGCCAGCGAUCAUGAUGACAUCGAGCCUUACCACCUGCCUGUCGAGGCCGACAUGCUAAUAGCUCACAGUUCCUUCGUCGGGAAGCCAUCAUUCAGACCAGAAAACGGCACGUGGUUCAUCCAGACGCUGUGCAAGUACAUCGACGGUCUACACUACACGCACGAUUUGGAGGCGAUACUCGUCGAGGUCAAGAGGGAAAUAGCCACCGACAAGUAUUACAUGGAAUUCAACAGACAUACAGAUACCAUGGAUGUGAACAAACAGAUGCCUACAACCACCGCCACACUGACUCGCAAACUCUACCUGAGGAAAUUCGGAGAUGACCCCUUGCGGAUGACUCCAAUAGAACAGUUGCGAAUGGAGGUGAUUCGAGAUUCAGUACCGAACAUGCCUAGAGUGACAAACGAAUCUUGCUCCUGUUUUCUGACUCACUUUGUCUACAUGAAAAGGUGUCUCAGCCACUUCGUCUACCAAAACCCUGCUAAUACGACAGCGAAAUGCAUAUUAGACGUAGCAGAAAAACUGAAGGCAGGUACUGACGUGGAGAUUACUAAAGCUACUCUCAAAGCCAUAAGUGACUGCCUACACAACCAGUGUAAGAGUUCGGAAUACCAUAACUACAUCCAUUAUUACCACGAAUAUGAUGGACUGGAUUCUAUACAGAACACAGAACCAGUGGAAGAUGUAUCCUCAAGUUUGGUAAAACCCGGUAAAGCCUGGUAUAAAAUAAGACAAGGUGCAGUGACAGGAUUAAGUUCAUGUAUAGCAGCUUAUGUUGUAUAUAGUUUAUUAAGAAAGUAAAUAAAUGAAAUUGAGUAUGAAUUGACAUCAAGAGCUGGGGGGUUAAAAUGGCCACAUCGAAGCAAUUCAUCUAAGAAAGCAAUAUUGCUAUUUGACAUUUGUUUGCAUUGCGCACUUACUUUUAUAUGCGCAAAUGUCAAUUUGCAAUAUUGCUUUCUUAGAUGAAUUGCGGUGUGUACGCCUAGGCCUUCCUCUUCCAACUCUACCAUUUACUCCUGCAACAUAAAUCUUUUUUUUUUUUCUUGUUUUAUGUUUAAGUAAGUACUUAAUAAUAAAAUUGCUAUUCCAAAAUUCUAGACUAACAAAAUUAAAUUGAUCUUUUUUGUGGUAAUAUAUACAUUUUUAUAAUAAAAUACCAGACAGUAUUUUGAAUUUGUCAGAAAAUAAAUUCAAACAAGAGCUUUGAAUUCUU